UCCCAGUCCCAGAGGAAGAAAUAGCAGUACUGAAGGUGCAGUAAUACGUACGUACGCCAACGCCAUUUUUUGUAUCGGUAGGCGGUAGGCCCCUCCAUGGAGAACACUUUCCGUGUUAGAAAGGGUGCCUGGACGGAAGAGGAAGAUAUUCUUCUGAGGCUGUGCAUUCAGAAGCAUGGAGAAGGAAAAUGGUACCAAGUUCCUUCCAGAGCAGGCUUAAAUAGAUGCAGGAAAAGCUGUAGACUGAGGUGGCUGAACUACCUAAAUCCAAAUAUCAAGAGAGGAGGCUUCGGAGAAGAUGAAGUGGAUCUCAUGAUUAAGCUCCAUAAGCUGUUGGGUAACAGAUGGUCACUGAUUGCAGGUAGGCUUCCGGGAAGAACAACCAAUGAUGUGAAGAACUACUGGAAUACGCACCUACGCAAGAAGGAAAUUUCUCGCAUCAAAGAUGACGCGAAAGAAAAAGCACAAGACAUUGUGAAAGUGAACGCCAUAAAACGUACCUCGACCUCGGACCGUAACAAAAAAAUUGACUUGGUUAUGUGGGAAACCUACAAUUGCAAAAAGCUUUGAACCAGAGGACAUCGUUAGCAACAUAUCUCCAACAUUAAUGCUAUCAGAGAAUAGGCCGACUAAACGGUGGGAAGGAUUGUUAGAUCACAAGGAAGGUGAUGAAAGAGCCCUAUGCACCAUAAUUGGGUUAGACG